AGUGCAAAUAAUUAAAAUAAAAAUCAUAAUAACAUGAGUCCAUAGACUAUUGGAGUUCAACCAAAUAAACUCAAACACCAAUUCCCCCAAAUGAUAUGACAAUAAAAUCGAUUUUUUUUUUCGUACCCAGAAAAACUUACUUUAAAAAUUCACAAUUUUUGUCGACUAAUUAAAAACAUUGCCUUGCCAGAAGUUUGAAAGUUCAAACCAUAAAAAAUUACUGCCUUUCCUCAAAAAAAAAAAAAAAAACACACACACACUGGGCACAAAAAACGGAACUUGAUGGUCAUUAAAAGCACACAGGCCAUUACAAAUUCAACAUCGUCAUCUUCCCUUUUUUUUGAGCCAUUCGCACUCACUUUCACGGCUAUUGAAAGAGAACAGCAACCAAAAAAUAGCCGACUAAUUGACAAACGUCCUUUGCAGUCAGCCAGUCAGUCAUCCAAGCAGCUGCACCAACAGCCUACAGCGGCAGCAGCAGCAUCCUCGUCAUCACCAUCAUCAGAAAUUACAACACUAAUUACGAAAAUUGCCUGCGUCAAGGGAAACUGAACUGAACUGAACCGAACCACGCCGAACUGCAAAAGUGCCAACCAUUUUGGACACCCAACAUUACUGACCAGCAAACUUGCCACUGACGCUGCCAGCCACGUGGGUCACGGUGACAUUGACCAAACACUCCAACGAACGAACGAACGAACCGGGGGAAACAAAGAAACCAAACCCAAACAAAAGCGAACAAAAAACAUUGCCCAUGAAAUUACUUUCCCUGCUACUUGCCAGCAAACACUCACACACACACUCGCACUCGCACACACACCACAGCAGAGACAUGUCCCUUUUAAAUAAGUUAAGUAAAAAACUGCGCUGGCUGCGAUGGUCAACCGUAUUCGCCAUUCUCUUUUACAUGUUCUUCAUCGGCGUGAUAUUGCAUUCGACCACCUACAAAUUACAGCAUUCCUUGAAAAACAAUCAACAGCAUCGACAGAGCCAACCACCUGACCAGCAAAUGCCAGGACAGCACCACCAACACAGUCUCAGCCACAGCCAUCAACGUAAUGACGAGGAAUUUGCCACCCUCUACGAGGACAUGAAGUCGGCGACACAUCAGGCAGCCGGGACAGGCAUCGGCGGCAGCAGCAGCAGUGUGUUAACGGACACCCUGACAAGAAGUGCUGUGCUGCCAGUGGCACCCAUGGAAGCAGCAUCACUGGCCUCGUCCUCAUUAGCCACCGCCAGCAAACAGGAAAAGAAAAACCCCUCGUCCUCCUCCUCCUCCUCCACAUCGUCGGUAGCAUCACCGGAAACUGUGAUAUUGGUGGCAAGUUCCGCUAAUGAGAAACAUAUUUUGGAAAAGGCUUUCAAGAGAGCCGAUCGCAAUCACGACAACUUCCUGACCAUCAAAGAGUUGGGACAAUAUAUCAACAAGAACAUUGUGGAUCACAUUGAUGAAGCCAUACAACUGAAUCCUCGAGAAUUUCGUCGUGUUGACAUAUCCCCCGCUGAUGGUCUGGUAACCUGGGAAGAAUAUCAUCGUUAUUUUCUCAAAGAGCAUGGCAUGACGGAGGCCGAUAUCGAUGAGCACAACGAAAUAAAACACACCGCCUUGAAUCGUAAGGCUCGAGAAGAUAUGAUGCGUGACAAGGCCCGUUGGUCGGAAGCAGCCCGCACUGAUCUCUUCACGCUCACCAUUGAUGAGUAUCUCUCGUUUCGUCAUCCCGAAUCAAGUAUAAGUAAUCUCUUGGAGCUUGUCGAUGAUUUACUAAGGCAAUUUGAUCAGGAUGGUGACGAUCAGUUGAGCAUAGAAGAGUUUUCGGAGGUGAAUGUGGCCGAUGAUGAUGAUCUGAUACGAAAAUCGUUGAUAUCGAAAACGGUUGUAGAGAGGAGAGAGGAAUUUAAGAGAAUCAUUGAUAAGAAUCAAGACGGCAAAGCAGAUCGUGGAGAGUUGUUGAACUAUGUGAAUCCCAAGACGCCACGUUAUGCCCUGCAGGAAGCGGCAACGCUUUUCAGUUUGUGCGAUGAAGAUCGUAAUGGCAAGCUGACGCUGAAAGAGAUCCUCUCGAAUGCUGAAAUCUUUCUCACCUCCAAAAUGAUUGAUACUGCACAGAGUUUCCAUACCGAAUUUUGAAUUUAAUAUGCUGUAGAUCAAACUAUUCUCUCUAGAAUACUAUUGUUAAAAUGUACUACAAAAAGAAACUACUAUCUCUCUCUGUGACUCGAACAUAUCCAUUCUGAAGUAAUUUGUAGUUUUUUUUUUUUUUUGUUAUGAAAUAGAAAAAUAUUAUAAAAUUGGAAGGUCAGUGGAGGAGGCUACAUAGAAAAUUUUAAGGAAAUUUCAUUGCGAAGAAUGAGAGCUUUAAAUUUGCUAAAUUCAACAAUUCGCUAUCCUUAAAAAUCCAUACUGAAAGAUGCAUACGAUAAAUGUCCUUGCCAUUGACCUCCCAUCAUUAAAUUGUCUUACACUUGUAAUUUAUAUUCAUUGUAAAUAUAUUUAAAAAAAUAUAUAUUAUAAAAUUUAUAUAUUUUUUUAACAUUCUGUCUUUGUUAAGUUUGCUUUUUUU